AUGUGGACCUUAAACUCUACUUGUUUAUUUCUGUGCUAUCUUCUGACACUCAGCUCACAACUACGUGAAUUAUUGGCCGCGCAUCAGUCCACAGAAUCCCUGGAACCGGAUAUGAGCGAUGAUUUGCUAGUCCCCGGUCAAUCAUCGACAAGUCAAACUCGUCCCGGACCUGCGCAAUCAGUUUACCUAUCCCCGUACGGAGCGGGCUAUCGAAUGAACAAUUCUCACUCCUACUGGACUAAUCAGGCCUCACAAACUGCCUCGAUGCAACGUCGACUACCGAUGACUAGUGUGAGGAAACCGGAUACGCGGAUGUGGAAUCAGACUCAGUACACUGUGGCCCCGCUUCAACAGCCCAGCCAGACCACCACGGACAGUUUUAUUGGCCCAGAUGGAAAAUUGCAUAUCAGUAUAUGUGAUCAUCCGAACGGAUUUUUAAGGCGACAGAAAAAACUAUGUCGACGUUAUUUACACCUGAUGGAAAGUGUUGUUCGAGGCUAUUUUAUGGGUUUGCGAGAGUGUGAGUACCAGUUUGCCGCUCAUCGAUGGAACUGUCAGGGACACAAUUUGACAAUCCGUGUGCCCCCGGAAAGACGAAGGCGAUUACGAUAUCGACAAUCAUCUGCGUCCUCAUCCUCCGCAAUGGCUAAUCGUGAUGCGGAAGAUAGAAAACCGGUACGGAUAAAGACGUAUUUGGAUAAAUUGUUAUCCAGAGGCACCAGAGAAUCAGCUUACGUACUGGCCGUGACCUCUGCCGGUGUUUCACACGCGGUAACAAAGGCGUGCAGCAGUGGUUUGCACGACAACUGUGGCUGCGAUCGCACGAUCUACGAUCACCCGCGCGAGCCCAAUUUCGAAUGGUCUGGUUGUUCGGAUAAUAUUCAUUUUGGUGCGGCCUUUUCACGACAAUUUCUGGACAUACGAGAACGAAGCCGUUUGAAAAGGAAUCCCAAAUUGGGCAUGACCAAUUUGCACAAUAAUCACGUUGGAAGACAAGUGAGUAUACAUGCAAAUCACCCACCAACCCCUAUUGAAAUGCUAACUCAUAAUUAA